AUGGCGGAACUCGAAAGAGGUUUUGACAAAGUGUGCGAAGUUUUUCGAAUCCAUUCCUUAAAUGAACAACAAAAAGCUGCAAUCAUUAACCUUGUUACGAAAAAGAAAGACGUCUUCGUAAAUUUACCUACUGGGUUUGGGAAAUCGUUAAUUUACCAGGCUCUUCCAGUCGUAUUUGAUGAGAUCGUCCCGGAAAAAAAACACGUCGUUGUUGUCAUAUCACCGCUUCUCACGUUGAUUCGGAACCAAAUCGAAAGCCUAACAGCUCUUGGUCUGCGAGCUGUGAGCUUGAGUCAUUUAUCAACUGAAGAAGAAUGUCGUAAGGUAGAAGACGGCUACUACACGUAUUUAUACGCUACGCCAGAGAGUUUAAUGAAGAACGAGCGCUGGCGAUGUUAG